GAGGAGGGCAGCAGCCAGGUCAUAGAGCCUGUCCACCCCCUUUACUCCUCGUGUGCUCUCAAGUGACUUUUGACCUUUGACUCAACUGUGACCCCACCACCACCUUGACCAGCCAUGCCCUUCCGGCUGAAGCUGCGGCGAACCCGUCGCUACAACGUCCUGAGCAAGAACUCUUUUGUGACGCGGAUCCGCCUGCUGGACACCAACGUGAUCGAAUGCACCCUGUCGGUGGAGAGCACGGGACAGGAGUGCCUGGAGAUGGUGGCCCAAAGGCUGGAGCUCCGGGAGACUCAUUACUUUGGGUUGUGGUUCCAAGGGAAGACCCAGACCCCGGCCCAGCGCUGGGUAGAGCUCGAGAAACCCCUCAAAAAGCAGCUGGACAAGUUUGGCAAUGAGCCGCUGCUCUUUUUUGGAGUCAUGUUCUAUGUUCCCAGCGUGUCUCGUCUGGAGCAAGAAGCCACCAGGUAUCAGUAUUACCUGCAGGUGAAGAAGGAGGUGCUGGACGGACGCCUCCCGUGCACCGUGGAGCAGGGCAUCAGACUAGCUGGCCUAGCAGUACAAGCUGACUUUGGAGACUUCACUGACUUCCCUUCUCAGGACUUCCUCAGGGAGUACGCGCUCUUCCCAGUGAACUGGCCUAAUGGAGAGGAGGUGCAGGAGGACUGGACCAAGAGAGUUGCUGAGGAGCACAAAAGUCACUGUGGAAUGCAGCCCGCUGAGGCAGAACUGCUCUACAUUAAGGAGGUGGAGAAGCUCGACAGCUUUGGCCAGGAGAGCUUUCUUGCUAAGGACAACUACACAAAUGACAUUUUCAUUGGUGUGUCUUUCAUCGGACUGUUUGUCAAACACAGAAAUGGCAGAUCCAUUAUGCUCCACAAGUGGAAGGACAUUGGUACCAUAGCGCACAACAAGUCGGCCAUCACAGUGGAGAUAACGAGCAGAGACGACACCAUCAAUUUUCACAUGGAGGAUAUGGAAAUGGCCAAGUACAUUGCUCGUCUUUUCACGGCCAGACACAAAUUCUACAAACAGAACAAAAUCUGCAUCGAGCCCACUCACUCGCCGGCACCAAUUAGAAGGAGACCCACCUGGAACCACCGCUUGUCUCUGACCCGGCCCCAGUCCUGUAACUUCCAGUCGGUGCAUGAGCAUUAUCAGGACUUGCAAAGCUCUCAAGACAGCAUCUUCCACGAAGACCCUUACUACAAAUCAGAGACCAGUCUGGAUCCAGUGGACUUUCCUUUCCGAAACGGCACUGUAACCAAUGGAAGCAUGUACAGCAGCCCCAGCCUGGGCUCCCUCAAUCGCUCCCAGACUUUCGUUGCACCUUCGCCCAUGUCCUCCAACCUCAGCAUCCCCGGCAGUGAGCUCAUGCGCCCUGACUACAUCCCCAGCCACCGCCACAGUGCCAUCAUCGCUCCAUCGUACCGGCCCACACCUGAUUACGAUGCCGUCAUGCGGCAGAAGAGGCACAUGGUCCCUGCCCACCAUGACUUCCACAGCCAGUCGAUGCGCAGUCUGAACAUUAGUAAUGCAUGUGCUUAUCGUAAGCCGGAGGCUCUGGUGUACAGCCAGCCAGAAAUCAGGGAGAGGGGCCCUUAUCAUGGCCUCGGCCCCAGCCCUGGACCUUACACACCACAGAUCAGUUACAGUAAGCCAGUGUCUCAUGGACCCCAUACAGGUGGACCAGUCAGCAGCCAGGGUCCCUGCCAUUCACCCUGUGUCAAUGGAGGUGAAAACAGCAGCGGAGAUAUUGGAAGCUCCAUCUCCCAUACGGUCAGCACACCUGAGCUGGCAAACACCAAACAGCAAGGAGCCAACAUGGGAACUUAUGCAGCUACAGCAAAUAUGUUAAGAAACCACAUGUUGCGUCCUCCUCCACCUUACCCCUCCAACUCCUUUCGCCCAGCUACCAGCACGCCGGACCUCGCCAGCCACCGUCUUCGCUGCAUCGGGGGCAGCAGUCCUGAGCUGGUCACCCGCAUGGUGCAGCUGUCAGUCAAGACCUUCCAGCCGGACAGCUCGGCCGUGGUCCACCAAUCCCUGCAGGAAGUUAGUGAACCGUUAACUGCGGCUGUGAAGCACCGGUCCACUCUGAACAAGAGACACAGCAUGGAGGUCAUCAGCAGCCUGAGAGGCGGAGGAGGCGGGAUGGAAGGGCUGGCGAUGAAGAGCGUGAACGGUCCUCUUCUUCGGAGGAACACUCUGAAAGAACACAUGAUGCCGUCAUCCCAGCCUCCGCCCCAACCUCCGCCCCAGCAGCCGAAGGAACUGCCUGUGCAGAAACCUGCCCAGAAUGCACCUGAGGCUUCUGUGGUGCCACCUACAGCAGUGGCCUACCAGCACCAAAAGACUCUUUCCAAUGCUACCAUGCUCAUACACAGCAGUGAGAGUGAAGAAGAGGAGGAAGAGGAGAGGCCUGAGCUGGACGUUCAGAUUCCCGGUCUCCACGAGGACAUUAGCAUCAGUGCUCAGCUUCAGGCUGCUCUGGCUAAACUGCCCAACAAGCCCCCUCCAGAGUACCCUGGUCCUCCAAGACCUCCUGCCAACGCUCAGAUCCGCUCUCACAAUCACACCCUCACCCAGCGUCACAACCACAAUCCAUCACCACACUGCAGCCAUGAACCAAUGGACCUAAAUCAAGGCCUUAACUGUGGGGAGAGCCAGGGUGUCUGUGGAGCUGGGGGUGCAGGUGGGACCCUGACCCGAGGGGAUCAGAGUGUGGUAAACGGAGCAGUUUUAGGUCCAUCCAUUUCAGAACCAGACUUGACUAUUGUGAAGGAGAGGGUGAGGAAGGAGCCGGUGAGGGAGAGGCCGGUGUCGGAGAUGUUCUCCUUGGAGGACAGCAUCGUGGAGAGGGAGAUUGCUCAGAGGACGCUGGAAAGACAAAAGAUGUCUGUGGACUCCAUGAACAGACCACUGAUGAUGGCCGCCCUCAACGGCCUCUACGUAGCCCGAAUGCCCGCUGCCCAAAACCCAGCAGAAGAAGGUGCCAAAUCAGCUACGGACGAAAAGUGUAAGACCUUGGAGCUGAAGCUGGAGGAGGAGCGGGUCUUCACUGAGUACGAGCAGGUGCCUAAGAAGAGGGUGAACUGCGUUGUCACGACGGCAACUUUGCCCGAAAACCUGGAGCGCAACCGUUUUCGUGAUGUCGUCCCUUACGAGGAGAAUCGAGUCGAGCUUGUGCCCAACAAAGAAAACAACACGGGUUACAUCAACGCCUCGCAUAUCCAGGUUAUGAUCAGAGGGGAGGAGUGGCAUUACAUCGCUGCUCAAGGCCCACUAGCCAACACCUCUGCCGACUUCUGGCAGAUGAUCUGGGAGCAGGGGGUCAACGUCAUCGCCAUGGUUACAGCAGAGGAGGAGGGCGGCAGGUCCAAGAGUCACCGCUACUGGCCCAAACUGGGCUCCAAACACAACUCGGCCACCCACGGCAAGUUCAAGGUCACCACCAAGUUUCGCACAGAGUACAACUGCUACGCCACCACGGGGUUGAAGGUCAAACACCUGCUCUCUGGCCAAGAGAGGACGGUUUGGCACCUGCAGUACACUGACUGGCCUGAGCAGGGCUGUCCUGAAUAUGUUCCUGGAUUUCUCUCCUACUUGGAAGAAAUCCAGUCUGUGAGGAGACACACCAACUCCAUGCUGGAUACCUCAAAGAGCCUGAACCCGCCGGUGGUGGUGCAUUGUAGCGCGGGUGUGGGUCGUACCGGGGUGGUAAUCCUGACUGAGCUCAUGAUCAGCUGCCUGGAGCACAAUGAGCCAGUGGAAGUUCCCACCAUGUUAUCAGAGCUGAGGCAGCAGAGGAUGCUGAUGGUGCAGACCAUCUCCCAGUACAAGUUCGUCUACCAGGUCCUCAUCCAGUUCCUCAAGAACUCCCGCCUCAUUUGAGCCGGAGCUGCCGACCUCAACCUUAACAGGAUGUGGAAUAAUGCUACUAGACGAUGACGGCGGUACUUCAAGUUACAAAUUGUAGCUGGUGGACAGAAGAGAGAUCUGUGUGAGCUUUCUACUGGUCUGUUUUUUUUUUUUUUUUUUUUAAAUUGACCUCAAGGGAGAAAAUCGGCUUUUGUAGAAACUUAACGUUUCUUUUUACCAGAGCAUUCAGAAUUAGCUCUUUAUCUCCUUGGUCUUUUUAAACAUACACGUUAAUGCGUUGCCUCCAUGUAGGCCAGGCAAACGAGCAAUUUGUCUUGGCUGCAGGCGUGAGCGUGCAUUCUUAAUUUCUUCAUGAACAUCCCGAGAGUGCUUCUGGUUUUUUUGGUCAGUAUUAGACGUUACGCAGCGUGAACAGUAGGGGGCAGCAGUGUCCUACACUCCACAUCCUCAUUCUGAGUGUGCCAUACUGUAGGAUUCUACCUAAUCACCGAGUAGCAGCGACGUAACUGAUGCUUUUAUUUAUUUUCAUAAAGUCUGUGGUCAACUUGAUGUUGGAGAGCACAGUAAUCUGAAACCGUCGUAAUGUUGAUCCUGUUUUAUUUCUGUAAACUUGUAUGUUCUAAUGAAAUGAUUGGCUAUGUCAGAACAUUUAAAACCCCUCGUUCUCAAACAUUUGUGACCUCAAUGCGUGUCAAAACUUUAAAGUGUCCAAAUUGGAGAUAAUUUAUGAUUAUACAAAUAAUACUGUGUGUGUAUAUAAAUAAUGUAUUCUUCGCCUUACUGAGAUGAUGACAGAAAGAAGCGUUUUGUUCUGAUCUUGUUGCUCUGGUACCUCGGCUUUAUCUGUUAAUUAUUAUAAGAACAAAUCCAACGUUUCAUCUUAAAAAAACAAAAACAAAUGCAGUUUUAUUAUUUUGAAAGACACAAG